AUGAAUAAUCUAAGUAAGGGAGGGAAACGGCAAACAGACAACCUUACUGUUACUGAAGUUAGGGAUGUGAUUGGUCCCAACCAUAAUCUGUUGGAGAAGGGUCCCGUCGAAUCUGACACAUUAUUUCAAUCUUUAAUGCACAAGAAUUCAUUGACUUUGAACGUAUUACCUUCUUUAUUAAAAGAUCUUUAUCGUCAUGAAUCUAGCUUGCAGUCGCUCAAAUCUUAUAUUGAAGACCAGAUUUCAUGUCAAACAAAUAAGACCGAAAGGACGCGGUUGGAGAACUUGCAAAAUCAACUUAUAGGACUUUCAAGUCAGCUUCUAGAGUCCACAGAUGUACCGGUGAUCGAUGAAAACAAAUCAAUUAUUUUGACGCUUAUGUAUGGAAGUACCUUUACUGAAUGCUUGAAAAUCUUAGAUGGGCGCCGCAUUCACUUCCAUGUUUGUGAUGAAAACAAUAGCAGGGAUGAACAAGAAGUCGUUAAAUCAUACUUGCAAAACUUAGUGUUGCUAGAAGCCACUGAAGAAAAUCUUAUUUGCAUCAAGGUCAAGAACUACGAUGUUGAAAGAGAGGAGCCUAUUAGAAACACGAGACCUGGAAAUUCUUUGAUUAAUAGUCUGGAAUAUUUUGAGCUUAGAAGACUAGUUGAAAACGCUGGACUCAUAUUUGAUAAAACAGGAUCACUUGCCAUUCCUCCUGUUUCUUUGAAAAGCAGACAAGUAGAUAAAAGCGAUGAGACAACAUCCCCACAGUCAUUCAAGAGAUAUAAACGCAAUAAUCAAGGUGAAUAUACGCAAGACCACGCAGUUGACUUGAGCGCUUGGUAUUGCUCAUGUGAUGACUAUCAAAGAUAUUAUACAUCUAGCAUUCCGGAUGAGCUGGAACUAAACAUGCUAAGUUAUCAAGAAUUGACUGCAAAAUAUACUACUUUAGCAUCGGGGGAGGACAUCAUAGAUAAAUUGUUAGAACGUUCUACAGUUAAACACUUAGACCCCAUUCCUAUCUGUUCUCAUAUCCUUGCUGUACUCAUCAUUGCAUAUAAUCCUAAAGAAUGCAGGAGCUACUCUAUUGCCAAAUGUUAA